AUGUCCGGCCUCCGGCUACGAACCAUCGGAACAUACGACCUUUUUUCAGUCAGGUGUUCGAUCUGUCUGUUCGGACCAAUGGCGAAAGAAAUCAUAAUAUAUCAUGAUACACGAUCAUAUCAUUUUUUGCUGUCAAAAAGAUGUCAAAGGGAAAUGUGUUUAUUACACCUAACAGGAUCAAUGGAAUGGAAGCCAUACAUAUCUGAAAAAAGGCCUUUUUUCUUCUAA